AUGAAAGAUAACAUCAAAAAAAUCAAAACCAGACAGACCAACGUCAAGGAAACAAACAAGACAGAUAAAAAAACUGCACAGACAAUUACAGCACUCAAUAAAGCAAUAGCCAUUGCAAAAAAAUACCUAUCAGGAAAAACAGAUGCUGAAAGCACAGCAAGACAAGUAAACGAGUGGAUUAAAGUAAAUGUCCAAACAGCAAAACUGUUGUCAACUGAACUUACAGAUACACCCAAGGGCAUAAGCCUGAUAUACUGGUUUCAAGAAAUAUGCAACCUGAGGACAAGCAUGGCAAAAGCAUUCAAACUGCUUCUUUAG